GGAUGGUUCAAUCUCACCCGCGCGAAUUUUAAAAGCUUUGUCCGUUGUCUAGGUUGGUCUGUUUUACUUCGUUUUUUGGGUCCAUUACGUUUAUAAUGACUAACAUUAACAUUCAGUACGAUAACGCGCUACUGGGUAUUCUGCAGAAUGAAGGAAAGUUAGAAAAGUUUUUAGACGUGAUAUUCGGGUUCUUAAUGCGCAGGACCGACUUUUACUACAUCAUGACACCUGAAAAGAAAAAUAUAGGUUUCCCACCUGGUGUGAGCAUUGAGAUGAUUCUUAAGGCUUAUGAGAAACAUAAAGCGAUAUUUGAAAGUUACCAACGUCAUCGUCAGGCAGACGCCAAUCAAUCAACCAGCAAGCUCCCUCCACUAAACAACAAAGAAGAGCCGAAAGAAUCAAAUGUCACUGUUUCGCCUUCGGACGAUAAUAAAAAGGCAUCUGGAAAUCCAUCAAAUAAUACAAACGUAACAUCCAGAAGUGAAGAAAAUGAUGAAUCAAAAGUCUAUCAAGCAGAUCCCGAUUGUUACAAUGGUGCAUCUGGAGAUAAUUACACCUGGAGCCAAACUAUCAAAGAUAUCGAUAUUAAAAUUAAGGUACCGGAAAACGUAGUAAAUGCUCGCGACGUGUCUGUAAACAUUGAACGUAAACGUAUUCGCGUUUCAGUUCGUCAGAAUGGGAGAGAAACAGUUUAUUUCGAUCGAGGUUUGUGUUGGGACAUUCACAAGAAUGAUGCUAUGUGGACUUUCCACUCUAAGGAAAAUCAAAUCCAUCUCUGUCUAGACAAGAUUCAGGAACGAUGGUGGGAAGCAGCUUUCGAUGGAGAAGACAAAAUAAACACCCGCAAAAUUGAUUGCUCUCGACCUAUGCACGAAUUAGACGAUGAGGCACAGGCUAAGAUCCAACAGUUAAUGUACGACGAACAGCGCAAACGCCAAGGACUACUUACUAGUGAACAAGAAAAAAUACAAAACAUACUAGCUAAUGCUUGGGACAAAGAGGGUUCGCCUUUCCAAGGAACUCCGUAUGACCCUACUAAAGUCAAACUAGAAGGUACAAGUGUGCACAUUCAAACAUGAUCGGUGGGAAGACUCCAGAGUGCAAACAUGUUAAAAUCGUUAACACAAUGUUUUGCUGAUACAAGAUAAAAAGCAAAUUUCUUAUCUCCUUAAUCUUAUAAAUUACUGGAGCAAAUUUAAAUCAAAGUUAAGCCGUCUGCCCUUUUGUUGGAGAUUACGUAAGACAAUGUUGCAAUCCCGUGUUAUAUUGAAAUGAGAAUUAAUUUAUUGGGGUCAAUUGUUUUUAUCUUAACCAAUUUAGCCAGUUGGUGCCGCUGACUCUUUCAACCACACAAACUUGUGGGCAUCGGAAUCGCAUUAAGUUAUUAUUAAUCCGUCGCCAAAUAUUACAAUCCGUAAUGUGGCUAUUCUAAAUUCUACCGAUUGACCAAAUUCAGAUACCUCCAAUAUAUCAGAACACAAUACCGUUAGAUGAAAGUUGUCUAUGGUGUCAAAAUGCAGAAUCAUCAAACUUUACAGACAAUACAUAUAAAUUUAGGACGACCGUAAAUAUUGACCAAUAGGAAAACGUCAUGUGACAUGUGAAAACAUAUGAUUUCUCGUCCAGUGAUAGAAUUAGACUUACAAAGUAAUUUUUCGGAUAUUUUAUGAAUAUCGUAACAGUUAAAAAAUAGGACGUGUUACUAAAGCGAGUCUUGUUAGUCGUUUCUGUCCUGUUUGACUCAAGACGACCAAAUAAAUAUUUCUUCCCCACCUACACUUGUUCAUUUUGACUCGAUGCUACAAGCGACUAAUAUAUGUGAAAC